AUGACGAAUGUACUAAUGAAGGAAGGUUUGUUUACAAAUCUUCCGGAAGAUAUCACUAGAGAUAUCCUCCGGAGACUCCCCAUCAGAAGCAUUGCAAGGUGCAAGUGUGUUUGUAAGUCAUGGCGCCAGUUUGCUACGUCGAAAUCAGGCCUGGUUUUCGCCAAUGAAGACACGGGGUUCACGUUCUGCGAUGAGGUCUUCCAACCACUUUGCCAAUUCCGGUUGCCUCUUUGUCGCGGCUAUAGUUAUCGUUACGUGAUUGGAUCAGCCGAUGGAUUUAUUUUGGUGUGUGCUGCAGGCAAAAAUAUUUGUGAGAUUCUUUGCCUAUGCAAUCCAAUUACUCGGGAAUAUAUUGAGCUUCCUGCCCUGCCUGGUGCAUAUGUUUUUAACUAUGUAUAUGGAUUUGGAGUGAGUAAAUUAAGUGGACAAUAUAAGAUUUUAUUUAGCAGUCACAGGUCAUGUUUUGUGUACACUCUAGGAAAAAUUGAGUAUUGGAGAAGGAUCUCAGUAGCACCAGGCAACCCUUGUAUGCAUCGUGAUAAAGCUGUAUUUUUUAAUGGAAAUCUUCAUUGGUUGACAUCUGAUUCGAGUAAUCUUUUUGUAUGUUGUCUUGAUCUUGAAACCGAACUCUUUACUAGAUAUUCUAUUCCUUCUCGUGAUUAUGGUAGCCAUGGAUAUGAUACAUAUAUCGGUACUAGAUAUUAUCUCUAUGUUCUAGAGGGUCGGCUAUGUUUAAGCAAAUAUAUAUCUCCUCAUGGAAUUGUAAUUUGGAGGAUGGAGAACUACGGUGAUGAGAAUUCCUGGAUAAAGGAAUACACCCUCGAAAACUUUUGUGGACAUUUUUAUCCGCUCGUUUCGUUAAAUGGUGACUUGAUCUUUGCAUCUAUUAUUAGACAUGAUCGUCAACUAUUAGUCUACUCCAAAAACACUGAACCUCUUGUGACAUAUCGACGAUAUCCCUAUUCUCGUUUAUAUUCCAGUGUCAAUAUUUACACCCCAAGCUUUAUUUCGCUCGAGACCAUGGGUAUUCAUAAUGUUCAAAUCCUGAAGAAUAAUGUUGGUGUAGCCUUAGUAAAGGUUCCGGAGAUGAUUGGUGAUUUGAAGGAAAAGAACUGGCUGGCAGCCGGAGUUUCGACAAUUGCUACUGUGUUCGUUGCGGCUGGCUGGCUGGCGGUCGGAUUUUCGACAAUUGCUACGUGCACAAACAACGAUUCAAGCGCUUUUUCUAUCCUUUAUUGA